AUGGUGAAUUCUGAAGAUUGGAGUUACGGAUGUGCACCUGAAUUCGAGGGGUGUACACCAGAGCAUGAGGCUUUCGUGGUGAUUCGUCAAGCAGAAUUCUAUGGCUACGAUAUUCGGUAUCACCCGAACUACACUGUUAAUGAAUGCAAGAAAGAAUGCUUAUAUGAUUGCAAUUGCAAAGGGUUCCAGUAUUCAUACGAUUAUGACAGAGCAUGCUUUUAUUGCUACAUGAAGACUUCUUUGUAUAAUGGAUACAUGCAAAUGGGGUUCUACAGUGAUAUGUAUAUCAAAUCACCAAGACAGUUGGCGUCAUAUUUUAAUCCGAAAAUGGGAUUCAGUAAAUCAAACUUCAGUUGCGCAGGCCAGAUGGGGACACCCAUAAUAAGAUUGUACGAGAAAAAACAUGAUAACAAGCUACUUAGCGACGUGGCUGUGUUAGGAUGCCUGAUUGGGUUUAUUGAGAUCAUUGGCAUAAUAAUUUUCUGGUAUAAGAGCAGCAAACACUCGGUUACAAUCACUCAAAGUUAUUUUCCGGUAGCAACAGCCUUCAGGAAGUUCACAUACAGUGAGCUGAAAAGGGCAUCACUUAAUUUCAGUGAAGAGAUAGGUCGAGGUGGUGCUGGUGUCGUGUAUAAAGGGAUUUUAUCAGAUAACCGAGUUGCAGCAAUCAAGAAGCUCAAGAAUACAAACCACCAUGAUGAAGAUGAAUUUCAAGCUGAGAUCAGCACAAUUGGGAGGUUGAAUCACAUGAAUCUAAUAGAAACAUGGGGUUAUUGUGCUGAAGGAAAGCACAGGCUUAUUGUUUACGAGUACAUGGAGAACGGAUCGUUGGCUGGAAACUUGCGUGUUGGGAAACUCGAUUGGGAGACACGGUUUAAUAUCGCAAAAGGUACAGCGAAAGGAUUAGCUUAUUUACAUGAAGAGUGCUUGGAGUGGGUUCUACAUUGCGAUGUGAAACCUCAUAACAUACUCUUAGAUGCUAAAUACAAUCCCAAGGUGGCGGAUUUCGGACUUUCAAAGCUAUUCGAUAGAGAUCGAAUUGUGAACUUGAACUUUUCAACAGUACGAGGGACUCGAGGUUACAUGGCUCCUGAAUGGGUGUUUAAUCUUCCAAUCACUUCAAAAGUUGAUGUAUUUAGCUACGGGGUUGUGAUAUUGGAGAUGAUAACCGGACGGAGUCCAGCUGGGAAGCAACAAAGAAUCAAUGAAAGUGGGGAUAGGGAGUAUGCUCUAAUGGAGUGGGUGAGGGAUAGGAUUAAAGAGGUUGAUGGAAGCCAAUUUUGGGUUGAGGAGAUUGUAAAUUCUUCGAUAAUUGGUGAAUAUGAUCGGACCACCAUGGAAAAUCUAGUUAGAAUUGCACUGAAAUGUGCCGAUGAAGAUAUGAAGGUGCGACCAUCGAUGAAGCAGGUGGUUAAUAUGCUUCUACAUCAACAGAAUGAUAGAUAG